AGUUAUUAUUCAGCCAUGUUCGUUGGUAUACAUUCGUAGAACUGUAAACUUUAAUUGUUGUUUUUAAGGCAGAUUUAUAAAGUCUCGGCCUAAAAAUGUCAGGGAACAUGGGGAUGGAACAACUUAUUCCCAUUGUAAAUAAAUUGCAGGAUGCCUUUACGCAACUGGGGGUGCAUUUGACAUUGGAUUUACCACAAAUUGCAGUAGUGGGCGGACAAUCCGCUGGAAAAAGCUCAGUUUUGGAAAACUUCGUUGGCAGAGACUUCCUUCCUAGAGGAUCUGGCAUUGUAACUCGUAGGCCACUUAUCUUACAGCUGAUUAAUUCACCUACUGAACAUGCUGAGUUUUUGCACUGCAAAGGAAAAAAGUUUGUGGAUUUUGAGGAAGUCAGGAGGGAGAUCGAAGGUGAAACUGACAGAGUCACAGGAAGUAAUAAAGGCAUUUCCAAUGUGCCAAUUAACCUGAGAGUGUAUUCGCCAAAUGUACUGAAUUUGACAUUAAUUGAUUUACCUGGUCUAACGAAGGUGCCAAUCGGCGACCAGCCUAUAGACAUUGAGGCUCAAAUAAAAGCUAUGAUUAUGCAGUUUAUUAAACGAGAAUCCUGCCUUAUUUUGGCAGUAACUCCUGCAAACUCAGAUUUAGCCAAUUCUGAUGCUUUAAAAUUGGCCAAAGAAGUUGAUCCUCAAGGUAUUCGUACCAUUGGUGUAAUAACUAAGUUGGAUUUGAUGGAUGAAGGUACAGAUGCACGGGAUAUAUUAGAAAAUAAAUUAUUGCCUUUAAGAAGGGGUUACAUUGGUGUUGUAAACCGUUCUCAAAAAGAUAUUGAAGGAAAAAAAGACAUAAAUGCUGCCCUAGCUGCUGAAAGAAAAUUUUUUAUUAGCCAUACUUCCUAUCGACACUUAGCAGACAGAUUGGGAACACCUUAUCUACAGAGAGUAUUAAACCAGCAACUUACCAACCAUAUCAGGGACACGUUGCCAGGCUUGAGGGACAAAUUACAAAAGCAACUAUUAACACUGGAGAAGGAUGUUGAACAAUUUAAAUAUUUUAGACCAGAUGAUCCCUCUAUAAAAACGAAAGCAAUGUUGCAAAUGAUUCAACAGCUGCAAACCGAUUUCGAAAGAACCAUCGAAGGUUCCGGUUCUGCGCAGAUUAACACGAUGGAAUUAUCUGGUGGUGCCAAAAUUAACAGGUUGUUCCAUGAACGUUUCCCAUUUGAAAUUGUUAAAAUGGAAUUUGAUGAAAAAGAAUUACGCAGAGAAAUCGCAUUUGCUAUUCGAAAUAUACAUGGUAUUAGGGUUGGUUUGUUUACUCCCGAUAUGGCAUUUGAAGCCAUCGUGAAAAAGCAAAUAUUUAGGCUUAAGGAACCCUCCUUAAAAUGUGUAGACCUGGUUGUGAAUGAAUUAUCCAAUGUGGUCCGUUUCUGUACAGACAAGAUGAAUAGAUAUCCAAGGUUAAGGGAAGAAGCUGAACGAAUCAUUACCACUCACAUCCGCCAAAGGGAACAGUACUGUAAAGAGCAGUUAUGUUUGCUGAUUGAUUGUGAAUUGGCAUAUAUGAAUACGAAUCAUGAAGAUUUUAUCGGAUUUGCCAACGCUCAAAAUCAGUCAGAAAACGCAAUGAAAACGAGCUCACGAGGCACUUUGGGUAAUCAGGUGAUUCGAAAAGGUUACAUGUGCAUUCAUAAUUUGGGCAUAAUGAAAGGGGGCUCCAGAGAUUAUUGGUUUGUUCUAACCUCAGAAAACAUAUCUUGGUUCAAAGAUGAAGAAGAGCGCGAAAAGAAAUACAUGUUACCGCUGGACGGUCUCAAGUUAAGGGAUAUUGAACAAGGAUUUAUGUCAAGAAGGCAUAUGUUUGCGCUUUUUAAUCCAGAUGGAAGAAAUGUAUAUAAGGAUUAUAAACAACUUGAAUUAAGUUGUGAGACAUUAGAUGAUGUGGACUCCUGGAAAGCUUCAUUUUUAAGGGCCGGGGUAUAUCCAGAAAAGCAAACAGAACAACUUAAUGGAGAAGAGGGAGAUAACUACCAGAGCAGCGGAGAAAACCAAAACAGCUCAAUGGAUCCACAAUUGGAAAGGCAAGUGGAAACUAUCAGAAACUUAGUGGACAGCUACAUGAAAAUCGUUACGAAAACGACCAGAGACUUAGUGCCCAAAACAAUUAUGAUGAUGAUUAUUAAUCAUACUAAGGAGUUCAUCAAUGGAGAACUAUUAGCACACAUUUAUGCCAGUGGCGACCAGGCUCAAAUGAUGGAAGAAGCACCAGAGGAGGCUCAAAAGCGAGAAGAAAUGUUAAGAAUGUACCAUGCUUGCAAAGAGUCCCUUCACAUUAUUGGCGACGUAUCAAUGGCCACAGUUUCUACUCCGGUACCUCCGCCAGUCAAAAAUGAUUGGUUGGCAAGCGGCUUGGAAAACCCGAGAUUGUCCCCACCAAGCCCCGGAGGUCCGAGAAAAACAGCUCCAAAUAUGGGAACCGUGGGAUCUAGCGGUUCGUUGGGCUCCCGAGCGCCUCCGCUACCGCCCGCUACAGGUAGACCGGCUCCCGCAAUUCCAAAUAGACCUGGAGGCGGCGCGCCACCCAUGCCGCCAGGUAGACCUCAAGGACAAGCCCUGCCCGCCCCGCUAAUUCCCACUCGAGUGGCCGGUCAGGCGGGAGGCGUCCAAAUACCCCAGCAAGUUCAGAUGGCCGUCGGCAAGGCUGUAACCAACGCUGCAAUCAACGAACUUUCCAAUGCCUUCAAGUUCCACAAUCGUCCAGUUCCGAAUAUUCCACCUAGGAUACCAGAAAGACCAGGACAGCAACAUUAAAAGUACUAGUCAAAAUUUUUUUUGGGACCAACCAAUAAGGUGCAACUUACUCAGUGAAAUAGAUAUUUUAGCUAGCAAUACAGCAGAAUAUAACUAUUUUAUUUGAUAUGAACUGUAUACAUGUAUUAUGUUUGAAAUUAUUUAAAGUAAAUUUUGAUGUAUAGAUUUUAGGAUAUUAGAAAAUAUCCAAAAUUGAAAAGUGAAUCUGUGAUUGUGUUAAUAUAACUGUAUUAAAAAAAAUUCACAUUUUUGUAUAUGUAUUUUUAUUUAACAAAUACAA